AUGGAUGAAAAUUCACAAGAAAAAGAACAGCUUGUGUCAGAUUCACAGCAUCGCAAGUGCAGAACCAAGCAUCAGAAACCCUUUGCUGGAAAAAUUGUCAAAAAGGGAUGGUGCACAUCUACUGCAUCUAUACCACUCUUGUCACAGUUUGUAUAUGCUGGCUAUGCUGCAAUAUUAACCCUUGAACGCCAAAUCAAAAGGGAAUUUACAUUAGCCGUAGAAUUCAGCAAGAGUUGA